CUCCAGCGGAGAGGCACCAUCUCGCUCGCUGCUGCCUCCCACGACCCUUGCUGCAGGCCGCGAGAGAAGCUCCUCCCACCACGUCCCUGCUGGGUGCAGAAGGUCUGAUCAGUGUGAGCUCACCAUCCCUCUCCAGGCUCCUACUCCUCCGAAGAAGCUCCAGUCUCAUCUGCUGCCAUGUUUCCUAGAGGGCCAUGUGGAUUGGUCCUAGCUCUCUUUUGGCUGGCACUCAGCACAGUCCACUCAGCGGCUAACUCUUCCCAGAUGUGCCCAACUCAGCAGCCAGGUGUCUCAGUCUGGCCUGUCCAUUCCUGCUCCAUCCCUGAGGGCUCCUCUGUGCAGAUCCCAGUGAGCAUUUCCAGAAGCAUGCCUGAAGUGUGUAAGAGAAACCCCUACACUUCCCAGUGCGACAUCAUCUUGGUUCUAAGAAGCCAGAAGCCACAAUAUUUCAGCAGCAACUUUGAAGGCCACAUCACCUUGUCGAAUAAGUACUUCACUGUUGAGAACAUGAGCAAAUGGCUUGAAGGAGACUAUCAGAUUAAGCACUGGAAUGGAACCAUUACAGCAUCUGUCUCCCUGACGAUGGCUGAUCCUACCCUAUUCUCGCCUUCCACACCAGGGAGCCCCAAGGUUACUGAGAGAUCUGCCAAUGGGACUGCAGAAAGGAAGAAUCCAGCAAACUCCAACCACUAUGCCUAUUUGGCUCUGUUAGUGGUGCCUUUUAUGGUAGUUGGUUGGGUGCUAUGGAAAUAUGUGAGACGGCACAGUCCAGAUGGACGAAGAUUCACAAGUGUAAAUGUAGACACUGAUGAACAUAUACACCACAACGGACAUGGACACACCAAUGAACAUGGCUGUGCUACUGUGCCUCUCUCGCAGGGAGCUGGGGCUGAACUGCACAGGCUCUCUGGUGAGGAGAAUCCUCCACAAGCAGUGACUACCCCCUCCUAGCACAUGAUGCACAUGGGGGCAGACAGACAUCAUCUGCCUCAGCAGUGUGGUCCACAUGCAUUUUUUCCCUGCAAAUGGUGCAGGGGCUGGUGCUGGUAACCUCAGUUUCUGACUUUCAAUUCAAUUCACAGUGCCUGAUUCCUCCUUGCUCUGUCUUAUUACUGACAGUUUUUCAUGCCUGGUGCAGGUCUCCAAGGCCCUUCCGGGAAGGGCUGAGAUUUAUAUAAUUGGCAGAGACCUACAGCCCACUUCUCACGUUAAUCCAUCCUGUGGUUGAGCUGGGACAAUCUGCAGACUUGGGCAGAUGUCCCAAUAUCAGUCACACGCAGGGCAGCUCCCCCCACAAGGCUCUCUAAAGAUUCAGGCACAUGUUGCUGCAUCGGUUACACCCAGGGCAGCUCCUGCCUCUCAGAGCAAUUGCCUCAGGCUCUCUGCAAACCCAGGAGAUGUCACUGCAUCAGCUACACUCAGGUGACAUUGUCAGAUUUUUCUCUGCAUCUCCGAGAGCUAGCAACAUAGUGGUGGUGUUUUAUUAAAAGUGGGAUUCUGCUGUAAUCACAUGACUCCAGAAGUUGCCCUACUAGUAGAUUUAUAGUGCCUAUACCUUUUAAUCCAGUCCCGGGCAGAGACUUGAUAUCUCAACAAACACAUUCCCAUUUCAAUGUGCUUGGUGUAUAUCUAUCUAUGUCAGGGGUGGCCAACUGGUGGCUCCGGAGCCACAUGAGGCUCUUCACAAGUUAAUAUGUGGCUCCUUGUAUAGGCACCGACUCCGGGGCUGGAGCUACAGGCACCAACUUUCCAAUGUGCC